CUCACGCACCACCCCAGUCUCCGCGGCACCGGGGGAGUCCAGGAUUACGGUCCUUGACUCUGUGGCCACAUUGGAGACCACGGGGUCCUUCUGAUAAAUGGCUUGUUGACACAAUAUCUACCACCGGAGCCUGCCACCCCAAAAGGCACCAGGAUGGCACCCGACUUGUAUUUUAACAUGCUAAAUUAGAUGGGGGAGUCCAGGUGCCCCACAGACUACACCCUCCGAGAAAUGCACACAUUUGACCCAGAUUUGAGUAUGAGCACAGUUAAAGAAGAAUCUGACACAGUGACAGUAGAAACCGUGAAUUCUGUGACUUUGACCCAAGACACUGAAGGAAACCUUAUUCUUCACUGCCCUCAGGAUGGUAUAGACAACUGUUAUUUGACUAGGCAGAUGAAGUAGAGUCCGAAGACAGUGUCGAACCUCCACAUAAAAGGCUUUGCUUAUCAUCUGAAGAUGACCAGAGUCUUGAUGACACGACUCCAUGCAUCUCUGUUGUUGCCGUUCCAAUUUCAGAAAGUGACCAGAGCUUUGAGGUGACUAUGACAGCUACCACUGAGGUAGCUGACAAUGAGGUCAACGAAGGGACUGUGACUCAGAUCCAGAUUCUCCAGAAUGAACAACUGGAUGAAAUCUCUUCUCUAGGCAAUGAAGAAGUGUCGGCAGUUAGUCAGGCCUGGUUUACAACCAAAGAGGAUAAGGAUUCAUUAACAAACAAAGGUCAUAAAUGGAAGCAGGGAAUGUGGUCGAAAGAAGAAAUAGACAUUCUCAUGAGCAACAUAGAACGCUAUUUAAAGGCACGUGGAAUAAAAGAUGCCACUGAAAUCAUCUUUGAGAUGUCAAAGGAUGAAAGGAAAGAUUUCUACAGGACUAUUGCAUGGGGUCUGAACCGGCCUCUCUUUGCUGUUUAUAGACGAGUACUUCGCAUGUAUGAUGAUCGAAACCACGUUGGCAAGUACACUCCUGAUGAAAUUGAAAAGCUCAAGGAGCUACGGAUAAAGCACGGCAAUGACUGGGCGACUAUUGGAGCUGCCCUCGGAAGAAGUGCUUCUUCAGUAAAAGACCGAUGCAGGCUGAUGAAGGACACCUGCAAUACAGGGAAGUGGACAGAAGAAGAAGAAAAGAGACUGGCAGAAGUGGUACAUGAAUUAACCAGCACAGAGCCUGGGGACAUUGUCACGCAAGGAGUGUCUUGGGCUGCUGUGGCAGAGCGAGUCGGGACGCGGUCUGAGAAGCAGUGCCGUUCCAAAUGGCUCAACUACCUAAACUGGAAACAAAGUGGAGGCACCGAGUGGACUAAAGAAGAUGAAAUAAACCUAAUCCUGAGAAUAGCAGAGCUAGAAGUAUCUGAUGAAAAUGAUAUCAACUGGGAUCUGCUGGCCGAAGGAUGGAGCAGUGUGCGCUCACCCCAGUGGCUUCGUAGUAAAUGGUGGACGAUCAAAAGGCAGAUCGCAAACCACAAAGAGGUUUCGUUUCCUGUUCUUAUAAAAGGUCUGAAACAGCUUCACGAAAGCCAGACGAACGCUGCAGGGCACCAGCUUUCAGAGACGAAACCUGUACCUGGGUUGCCAAAUGCUCAUUCCAGUUCUGGGGUUCAGCACGUGCAGAUUCGAGUGGCUCGCUUGGAUGAGAAUUCAGGCAAUUCUCCGAGCCCCAUGGCAGCUUUGCAGAUUCCAGUUCAGAUUACCCAUGUCUCUUCUGCAGAUUCCCCUGCUGCUUCUGUUGACUCUGAGACGAUAACUCUAAAUAGUGGGACACUGCAGACCUUUGAGAUCCUGCCAUCUUUCCAUCUGCAGCCCACGGGGACUCCAGGCACGUACUUACUCCAGACAAGCUCCACCCAAGGCUUGCCUUUGACACUGACCACCAGCCCAACAGUGACCCUCACAGCUGCCACGGCACCAGCCUCACCAGACCAGAUCAUCGUCCACGCCUUAUCCCCAGAACACUUGCUGAACACCGGUGACAAUGUCACGGUACAGUGCCAUGCACCAAGUGUCAUAAUCCGCACUGUUGCAGCAGAAGAGAUUUCUCCCUCCGUAACCCAGGCAGAACUUGCUGUUGAUUCAGACAUUCAGCCAGUUAAUCUGGUGGACCCUCCAACGGCUCUGGAAGCAGACGCCUUUCCAGAGGACAUCCAUCAACCCAAGCUGGCUGUGGAAGAGCAGUCUGCAUAUAGCGAAGACGACUCCUCCAAAUUUGGUGGCAGGAGUAGCAGUGAACUCAUUGACAGGGUCAUGGCGAGAGACGGAGGAGAGAUUUUGCACACGGAUAUCAAGUGUGAAGAGGAUUGUCGGUCUGACUUAGCUGGCACCUACGUUUCUGAGGAUCUUAGUUCUCCAACGACAGAAGAAGUUGAGGCGUCUCCCAUGGAUGACACCGUCCUCAUUGUACCUUCGCCCCAUGGCUUUAUCCAGACAUCAGACGACAUAGACAGCGAAUCCGUUUUGCCCCUAACAACACUAACAGAUCCUAUAUUGCAACACCAUGGAGAGAACUCCCAUAUCAUUGGCUCCUCUUUGGAUAGCCCUGGUUCUGAAGACUCCAAGGAUGUUGAAGAUUUAGUGAGCUGCCACUGAGCACAUCCCACAGUGCUGCAAAAAAUAAAAAGAACCGAGUGCUGAACCACCGUUUCCAAAGAAAGAAAAGCAUUUGCUGAAACAGCUUCAGCCCACCUUUCUGGGCAAAGAAGAGGUUUAAAGAAGUUGUGGCCACAGCUGAUCAAAGGUUUUUUGCUUCUUAGGUUGUUCCUCUUGAGCCUGGAACCAGAUUCUGGCAAGAAGAGAGUUGGAUGCUCUAGGUUAAUAGUGCAGUAACAAGCAAGUCUUGCAAGCAAAGAGAGCAGCUCUUGAGCAUCAACAGGACAAAAUAGAGCCUCAGUGCAGGAAACAAGGAGUGGCAGGAAAGUUCUAUUUUUCCAGUGCUUUACUGUUACUUCUAGUGCAUUUCAUAUGGAAACACUACUAGUCUGAGAAUACUAGACUUUAGGAGGUUAUAAAAGAAUUAUCUGUUGCUGGCGAUGGAUGAAGUAGCCCCAGAAUGAUCAAAUGCACCGAAUCCGUUCCCCACAAGUAUAGGAGAAAAGGACGCCUGAGACUGUUUACUCCCACCCUGACCCCUGCAAUGAACUUAAAGCCCUUUCAGUGCUUAUUCUGAACUCUGCUCUAGAAGUCAAAACCACCUUCACAAUUGAAUUCAUCACUGCAAGUGUGGGAGGUCAGUGCUGUCUGGACUAUCCUGUCUCACAAGUUCAGUGAUGGCUGCUGGGUUUUUAUCCCUGCCCCCAUGCGAGGGCUGUAAAAGGAGACACUAAGUGGAACUUAGAGUCCAACUUGGGUAGGAAACAUGACUCAACACUACAAAGAUAUGUAGAAAAACAAUAUUUAUUGCUGUAAUUAGCUUCCUCAGAAGUCGAUUUGUCUUUAGUCUGUGACUUUCUCUGUUCAUGUGAAAAAUGACAGUAGUUUACAAAACAGUUGGUUGCUUAGGGAGGCAGCAGAAAUAACUGUUCAAUUUAAUACAAACAAUAACCUAUUUGUCUUCUGUAACAGUAGGAUGCCUUUUUAUUUAUACUGUAGUACAGACAUUUGCAGUGCUGCAGUUUUUGUACAGUGUAAUAAAAAAAUGAAUUUUUCCUGCAAGGAAAAAAUUUCGUGCCAUUCUGAAAAA